AUGAGUUCUAGUAUCUGUGGUGAUAUUGAUGCACAACCACACCAUGUGGUUCUCUUCCCCUUUAUGUCCAAAGGUCACAUCAUACCAAUCCUCCACCUUACACGCUUACUCCUCCAUCGCCGCCUAGCUGUGACCAUCUUCACCACCCAAGCCAAUCAUGCCUUCCUCUCUGAGUCCCUUAAUGACACUUCAGCCUCCAUUCUUGACCUCCCCUUCUCUCACAACGCGCCUGAUAUCCCUGCUGGAAUCGAGAGCACUGAAAAACUGCCUUCAAUCUCCCUAUUCCAUUCAUUUGCUAACGCUACAAAGGUCAUGCAAACUGACUUCGAACAAGCGCUCCAGACUCUUCCACAUGUCAGCUUCAUGGUAUCUGAUGGGUUCCUUUGGUGGACUCUAGAGUCUGCCUCCAAGUUCAACAUCCCACGAUUGGUGUUCAAUGGUAUGAGCUAUUACUCUUUGUCAAUCUCCAGAGCUGUGGCUAAUGAUAGGCUUCUCUUUGGAGCCGAGUUAGACGACGAGUUAAUAACAGUCACUCCUUUUCCAUGGAUUAGAGUUACUAGAAAUGACUUUGAGCCCCCAUUUACUGAACCGGAGCCAAAGGGUCUGAAAUUUGAGUUCACCAUGAAAGCAAUCACAGCAACAAAGAAUAGCUAUGGUAUUAUAUUCAAUAGCUUCAAUGAGCUUGAACCUUUGUUUGUUGAUUUUUUUAAUCGUAAAUAUAUACCCAAGGCUUGGUCUGUGGGACCUUUAUGCCUAGCUGAACCACCAAAGGUUAGAAAUGAAGCCCACAAUAAUUAUAAGCCCAUAUGGGUUCAGUGGCUCGACAAGAAGCUUGAGCAAGGAAACUCAGUUCUGUAUAUAGCCUUUGGGUCUCAGACACAGAUUUCACCUGCACAACUCAAAGAAAUAGCAAUUGGGUUGGAGGAAUCCAAAGUGAAUUUCUUGUGGGUGAUAAGAAAAAGUGAGUCAGAGAUUUCAGAUGAUAAGUUUGAAGAGAGAGUGAAAGAUAGAGGAAUUUUAGUGAGAGAAUGGGUUGACCAAAGGGAGAUUUUGAUGCAUGAGAGUGUGCAAGGGUUUUUAAGUCAGUGUGGAUGGAAUUCUGUGUUGGAGAGCAUAUGUGCUGGGGUUCCAAUCCUUGCAUGGCCUAUGAUGGCAGAGCAACCUUUGAAUGCAAGAAUGGUUGUGGAAGAGAUAGUGGGACUGAGGGUUGAGACAUGUAAUGGGUCAGUGAGAGGGUUUGUGAAGUGGGAGGGGUUAGAGAAAAUGGUGAAGGAGUUGAUGGAAGAAGAGAAAGGUAAGGAGGUGAGGAAGAAGAGCAAAGAGGUGGCACAGAUGGCCAAGAAAACUAUGGAGGAGGCUGGAUCGUCCAAGUGCACAUUGGACUUGCUCGUUGAUGAGAUAUGUGGCAAGAAGACAUGAUCAUCAGGCGCAUAUAUAUAAUGUGACUGGGUUUUGAUAUGUGGCAAUAAGACAUGAUCAUCAGGUGCAUAUAUAUAAUAUCAUAGCUUAUUUCAUUGUAUCUAAUUAAGCACGGAAUA